CCUGCCAUUGGUUGGAGAGUUUGCGUCAAAAAGUUGCCAGAGAGGCGCUUUCUCAGCAAAGCUCCCCGAGAGAGGUAGAGACCUCAGCUCCAACGCACCCUGCCACUAUUAUUAAAAAUAAAAUCACUUGACCAGCUCCGGCACCGGCCAGCUCUCUCAGCCCGACCCCUGAAUUUGGCGAGGAUCCGGGCUGCAGGUUUCACCCCUCGCCCCCCAGCCCUGCCCGCGGCUCCGGCGAGGCUCGCAGGCACCUGGCGGCCCCCCCCCCGCCCGACGGCACCCCCAGGCACCGCCCGGGGCAGGCAGGGCGCUCGGGCGGCUUCCCCUCGCCCGGAUUUCGGCCAACUCUCCUCCCCGCUCCAACUUUAGCAUGAUGUCUUAUCUUAAGCAACCACCUUAUGCAGUCAAUGGCCUGAGUCUCACAACCUCGGGCAUGGAUUUGUUGCAUCCGUCCGUCGGUUAUCCCGCCACCCCUCGAAAGCAGCGGCGGGAGCGCACGACCUUCACCCGGGCGCAGCUGGAUGUGUUGGAGGCCCUUUUUGCCAAAACCCGCUACCCCGAUAUCUUCAUGCGGGAGGAGGUGGCACUGAAAAUCAACCUGCCCGAGUCCAGAGUACAGGUAUGGUUUAAAAACCGCCGAGCCAAGUGCCGGCAGCAGCAGCAGCAGCAGCAGAACGGGGGCCAGAACAAGGUACGGCCAGCUAAAAAGAAGAAUUCGCCGGCCCGGGAAGUGAGUUCGGAGAGCGGGACCAGCGGGCAGUUCACUCCCCCCUCCAGCACCUCGGUCCCCACCAUUUCCAGCAGCAGUGCCCCCGUAUCCAUCUGGAGCCCAGCAUCCAUCUCCCCGCUCUCAGAUCCCCUGUCCACCUCUUCCUCCUGCAUGCAGAGAUCCUAUCCCAUGACCUACACCCAGGCAUCAGGCUACAGCCAAGGAUACGCUGGCUCGACCUCCUAUUUUGGAGGGAUGGACUGUGGAUCUUACUUGACCCCUAUGCACCACCAGCUUCCCGGACCGGGGGCCACCCUGAGUCCCAUGGGUGCCAACGCGGUCACCAGUCACCUCAACCAGUCUCCAGCCUCCCUCUCCACCCAGGGCUAUGGAGCCUCCAGUUUGGGCUUUAACUCCACCACCGAUUGCUUGGAUUAUAAAGACCAAACCGCCUCCUGGAAGUUAAACUUCAAUGCUGACUGCUUGGAUUAUAAGGACCAGACAUCGUCAUGGAAGUUCCAGGUUUUGUGAAGAACCUUUGUGAUAACGAGAGAAAUCGCGACGAGAAUGAACAGGCUGGGCUGAACGCUCCAGUUUUAGUCAGGUCUUGGUUAAAUUAAAGAGAAAAAUAACUCAACGGACAAACAAACGAACAAAAAAACCGACAGCAACAAGAGGGGGACAGUGUUGGUGUGAUCCCGUUCAGACUCAUCUCCUGCUCAGACGCUCUGGAAAAGGAAUAAUAAAGAGGAAAAACGGAGGAGGAAGGCCUUAAACGGACAGAUCAUCUAGUGAGCAGAAAACAGACAGACCCAUCUGUGUUCUUUCUAGUUUUAGGCAAUUGUUGGGUUUCUUUGUUUGGAAAAGGUGGGAGAUCGUCCCACCUACGGGCCAGUUUUAAAAAAAAAAAAAAAAAAAAAAAAAGUAAAAAAAAAAAAAGUCUAGGUUUUUAUUUCUUUUUUUGUGUGUGCGUGGAAAGAUCCUUCACCCAGAGGUUUCCAAUGUGUUAGCCAACCCUCGGUUAAAAUAUUCGGAAUGGACAACAUCUCUCUUUUUCUCCCUCUUUUUCUCCCUCCCUCUUUCUUUCUCUCUCACUCUCAAGCUCAUCCAACUGUUUCAUGCCCAACUUGCUCAAGUUGGCACCCGGAGAACUUGGUUCAGGGCUGUGUGGGUUGUGUGACUGAUUGUCCUAGCUGCACUACUUUAUUUAAAGAUAAAAAAAAAAAAGAUAAUGUUCAUAAGGAGUCAAUAUGUAGUUUUUAAGAGACAAUCAGUGUGUGUCUUAUAUAAAUGGUACAUCUGUGGUUUUUAAUCUGUGCUAGACUUCAAAACUGUGAUCUCCUGUAUUGUAUGCAACUAUGAACUCUGCACCAGCGGGAGUUCUGCUGUGAUUUAAAUAGGUUAUAAUUAUAAGUGAAAUUCAGAGCAACUGAGUUACCUAUUAUCAUCUUUUAAAAAAUAAUAAAAAAAUAUAUAUUAAAAAAAAAAAAAGAAAAAUGCAAAAACACGAUCGCCUUUCACCCGAGGUGAACUGCACUGAAACUUUUUACAACAAACUGUCUCUGAAAGAAAGAGAAAAGACCGAAAAAACCCCACCCGAGGACAUUAAACUCCUCUGGAGCUCACUUACUGCUGGCCACGCUGGCAGUAACCGUCAAAUCCAACAGGACUUUGGGCAGUUGCUCUGACCUGGAUGAAUUUAAACCGAGAAAUUCAUUGUCGUUUAUGCUUGCAGAUGUUAACUGAAAAAAAAAAAAAAAAAAAAAAGAUAUAUAUGCAUAAACCUUUUUUCCUGGAUUUGGCAGAUAUGUAUAAUUAUAUUAAAAUGGUUCUAGCACA